GGCCUUCUGGAGGAGAGUGAGGGGGAAGGGGGCCUGCAGGCCGGGGGGGGGGCGGCGCGGGGCUCUGCGCGCCGGCUGGUUUUGGGGCAGUGAUUACACACGUCCUCCUGUCACCUCCGUUCCCUGUCAGGGCGGAGUGUCGCGGGUCUUGCUACCAGCAACCCAGUGCUUGCACUUCUGAAAGGCCAGUGUGAGAGGUACCAUAAGUGGCCAGUGAGGUCGGAUCGGGUCCGUCUAGUCUUGUCUCUAGUGGCUAAAGAUGCUUGCCAAAGAGCAGAUAAAGCAUCUGGCAUGCUUAGGUGUCAAAGUUAAUGGUCAGGGAUUGGACAGCUCGCAGCAGAGGUUAUUUGCAACCUCUGGGAGGAAAUGACAUUAUUUUAGAGAUGUUUACAGUAUUUCAGCACUGGGCGGAAGCAUAUUCUUUAUUGAGAGAUGAGCCUACGAAGUCAUUGCAGGUACAAGUAGUCCAAAGGACAUUUUAUUUCUUAAAUGAUUCACCCAUUGCAUUGUAAGGAGAUCCAGAGCCUACAGAGUCAUACCCAAAAGUCAGGGACUGUGGCUUCAUUUUGCUUCAUCUGAUUUAAUUUUUUAAUGAAAAUAGGGUGUUCUGGAUAGUUUUUUUUUCUCCCAGUUGCUACUCAUGCAAUUAAUAUUUAAUAGUGUAUAUGUAACAGGGAAAGACUAUUAUAGGGACUUGACAAUAGCUUUCUGUAAUCAUGCCUCUUCACUAAUAUCUCUGAGUAAUUGUGUCAUCAUAAGCCAUUUGUUUUAGUAAAAAAAAAAGUAAAAUGUGAUAUCAACAAUGUUAGUGCAGUGAAAUCAAUGCUUUCUAUGACUUUGUGCUGAAUUACAUAUCACACCUUGUAGAAAUAUACAUAUUUUAUAACUCUGAUUUAGGAUAUUCUGAAGGCAUUUGCAACCACUUAAGCUUCACUUGCUUGGUUUAUGAUGGUCCUUAAACCUUACAGGCUUCAGCUGCCUUCUGAGUUUUCAUCUCCAGUUCUUUGUUUCCUUUUCCAUCAAGGUUCUUCUCUCAUUUCGUUUGCAGCGCUGCAUGACUUUGGUUCUGAUUUUAAAGCCUAACUAAAGUAGUCAUGAAGAUAAUAUGUAACAAAAUAUUUAUUUUUUUUUUCUGUAUAGUUUUCCUUUCUGUCUUUUGCCUGAUCAGUCUAUAUAUAAGGCUUUUAGAACUGUUUCCUAUUGUUUAUGCAGGAGUCUGGCACUGUGAGGGGUUACCUUAAUUGGUUUUUAGAUGCUGUCAUGAAUAACUCAAAUAAAUAAUACAAAUUCGCUUCUGAAGGAAAUACUGCCGGAUGGUGGAAGAAGUGAGGAUUCUGGGUAAUGUAGAAGAGAAAUGCCUAAUAGUGCUUCUCUUUCUCUUACUGAAUAAAAAUAACUUCAAAGCUGAUUUGCGGUGACCAUGAAUCAUCAGUGAAGACAUACGGCAUUUUCUGGAAUAUUGAAUGUUCUCAUAAUGAAGAUCUCUCUUCUGCAGCAGAUGUAUAAGGACGUACUGGUAGGCAUUCCGCUAGCAAAGGAAAGCCAUCAUUAUACCUCUUUACUUAAUCUGUGUGUUGAGCAGUCACCAGGAAGAGAUGAAUCAUGUAAUCGGAUGCAUCUGCCAUCUACUAAUGGUGGUAUUAGGAGCCAUCAGGACGCUGAUAUGUCGAAUGCAGUUGUCCCUACAACAGACGAUACAUCAAAUAGCUUUGCAAAUGUGAACUCCUCAUUCUGUCCACGAGAAGUGAUGCUUCUGCAGUUAACCUUGAUCAAGAUGAUGGUUGCUAAAGCAGAGUCCCAGGAAAUUGAAUUCAAUACGAGACAGAAGUACUGUGAGAUCUUUGUCCUUCUUCUGAAGGAGGCAAAAAUUGACUCAAAAUUGAUUUGUCUGCUUGGUAGUUAUGAUCAGCUGUUAUCUCACAUGGCUUCAAAAAGUUUAGCAUCUCUUGUGUAUUUCCAGCUGAAGGAAGAGAACGCAUUAAAUGUCACCUGGCUCACCUUUAGUUUGAAGACUCUUUCAGGAUUCCCUGUGAAUACCCAGGUAGCAGAAUGUCUGUGGACUCUUACAACUAUUAUCAAGGACAUGCUGAAAGAUGAAGUUUUACCCAAAGCAGGUAUUUUGAAGAAGUUGUUGGCUCCUCUUGAUGCUGUGCUUGAAGGAUUUUAUAAUUCCAUUCUGUUCCAUCAUUUUGACAGUCAGCACUAUACUUCACCUUAUUCUGAAGCUGCAAACAAUUUGAUCAGUUUUAUAGAUCUGCUUGAAGCACUUCUGGCUUCCAGAAUUGAAUUAGAACUACCGCUCAGAUGCCAGAGAGUAUGUUUUUUGAAAGUUUCUUACAUCCUGAAACUCAUUAGCUCAUCAAUUCACUAUUUAAUCAAGAAGAAGUUAAUUAUGCUCCUUAAAAAAUGUGUCCUUUACAAGUCCAGAGAACAUGCUAAAAGUGGAUCACUGUUCUUACAAAACCCAUCUUUAUAUGAGGAUAUGCUUGCCCUGAGUAAUGCUGUUCUGCAGGCUGUGAAUUUGACUUGGCUUAAUCAGAUCCCACUCAGUGAAAAGGCCAGCUACUUUGGAGGCAGUGAGGCUGUUCCUGGAGAUGGUACUCAAGGUGGUACUGACCAAACUGUUCUCAGAGCCUUAAGUCUGGUUGUGCUUAAAGCACUGGAAUUCAAGUUUCAGAACUCUGCUACAGAAGCUGAAAUCAAAGGAGACUUUCAGAGUUCCAUGUCCCAGCUGUUGAAAUUCUGGAGGAGUCAUCUGAAGGCUUCCCUACAGUUUCACCCAGUUGUACAUCACUGUGAAUGGGUCUCCUUGAUUUUCAUAGAGCAAGAUGAUGAUAUGUGGGAAGCUGCUAAAGCUUUAUUACUCAUCUAUUUAAAAUUUGAUAGGUUACGGCAUGAUGCUGCUGAUAACUUAAGCCAAAAAGAGGAGAAAACCUGGAACUUCCUUACACAUGCAAGUGCAUAUAAUCCUCACUGUAUCUUUUUAUUUUUUCUAGAAGAAAUCGCAUUUGAUUCCACAGUACUUCUAGAUUUUCUGAUUUCGUCAGAAACUUGCUUUCUAGAGUACUUGGUAAGGUACUUAAAGCUUCUUAGCAAAGACUGGCAUCAGUUUGUAGAUGUCUGUAACGGUUUUGAUACCAAGGAUGGCACUUUUCAAUCAAUUUCUUCUGUCAAGCCACCCCAUCAAGAAAAACAAAGCUGUAUGACUGAUGAAAGUUUGCAAAAUGCUUGUUGUGAACCAGAACCACAGACUCUGGUAGCUUUGGCUGCUUCUCACAGCUACUCAGUGUUUACAACAGAGCAAGGUGAUAAUGAAGUUGUUGAGUCUAACCAGUCUAACUCAUUGAUAUGCACUGAUAGUACAUCUCUGCUGGGUUCUCUUCAAAGCCUUGUUAAUUAUGACAGCUCAGAAGACUCUGAAUUAGAAUCAGAUGGAGAAGAGUGCUUGGUAAACACAAAGCAGGUGCCUUUAAAUAAUGAGGGUGAGGUGAGGAUAAGGGAAACUGUUUGCAGCUACACAGAUGAUAAACAGAAUACACUCAAGUGUGAAGUGUUGCCUCUGAAACAAAAGGGAUCUAAUACCUUAUCCUGUUUGACUUGUACAGCAUCUUUGGAUAACGUCAUUCCCCUAAGGACAAUGCUUUACAAAUCAACAAAAUGUUUGGAAGAACUGCAAAAAGCUAUUUCUAGGUUGCAGAGAAGAAAUCUUUUCCCAUAUAAUCCAUCUGCGUUGUUGAAGCUACUGAGCCAUGUUGAGAAGAUCAGUAAGAACAUGAAUCCACAAUAAUCCAAAGAAGUGUUCCGGUGAUUUUUUUGUUAACUAGUCCACUAGGGAAUGUUUCCAUAAGAUUAAUGACUUCUAAAGCUCAUGCCUCUUGCACCUGUCAGCGUAUUUAACUUGCAACAGGAUAAACGUGUUUUUGGUUGACACCUUAAAAAUCUGCAAUUGAAUUCAGUGAUAUGAACCAUUACCUUAGGGUCCUAAGCUUAUUCAUGGUAUGUAUGUCAGUGUAUGGUAUAUAAGGAUUAAUUGUUAGGUAUUCAAAAUUUGAUAAUAAAUGACUAAUGUGAAAGCAUAUCAACAAUAUAUAAUACUUAAAGUAUUGUCAAUUAUACUUAAUGUCAUUCUAUAUAUGAAGUCAUUGCCAGAUUGGUAGUGAUUUAUGGACAGCAGUGCAGCGUUAAUGCAAUGCUUGACUGCUCAGAGGUUGAGCUAAAUAAAAUAUUUUAGUCGGGGACAGUU